AACUGGUCAUGGUGGAACUAUCAGGAAUUAUUGAUUCAGACUUCUUAGAAAAAUGUGAAAACAAAUGCAAGAUUUUGGGAAUAGAGACAGAGAGGCCAAUUUUACAAGUGGACAGAUAUGUAUUUGCAGGAGAAUAUGAAGAUACCUUGGGAACCUGUGUGGUUUUUGAAGAAAGCACAGAGCAUGAUGCAGAAGGCAACCAAAAAGUGCAGCUGAAAUACAAGUGCCACACAAUGAAGAAGUUGAACAUGACACGGACACUUCUGACAGAGAAGAAGGAAGGAGAAGAGAAUGUUGGCGAAGUGGAGUGGUUACAGAUCAAGGACAGAGAUUUUUCCUACAGCAGGCCUAAUACGAUUUGCAGCUUUCUGCGUGAAAAAGAAGAUUCUGAGGAGUCAGCUCAGGCCCAGGACAAAUUGACUGAAGAGUCAGAGGGAGAGGUGAGUGGCGGAGGAAAUUCUGACAUGAACUGUGAUCUGGAGAAGCAGCACGGCUUGGAAAUAGAUGCCUCUCUUCCUCCGCCUGACAGCCCUGCUUCUGGGGCAGAGGAUUCUCCUUCUGGGAGUGUUGCCUUAGAUGAUGUCCCUCCAUGAUGUCAGCUCUGAUCUUUUCAAGAUUUCUUCAUGGAGGUAAUGGGCCAAAUUUAAAAGCCGUGACAUGAUUUUCAAUUUAUAUGAGCAAUUAAUUGCGGUAAAACAGACAUCAUGUUCUUGUGCAUUGCCUUUAUGUUUGGAUUAUAGUAAUGAGGGCUUGAGUGUAUUUUAAAAAUGCUGAUUGGAAACUUGUGUAUCUCUACC